AUGUCAUAUUGCUGUAUUUGUAAGUCGCAUUCUGGGUCUCAUGCAGAUAUUACAUUUCAUAACAUAUCACGAUCAGAAGAUAUCAGAGCCAAGUGGAUUGCUGUAAUUGGAAAAAAUGUUUCUAAUUACAGUAAAGUGUGCAGUGAUCAUUUUAAACCAAUUUUUUUUGAAUUUAAGAUUAAUAAACUUGGCAAGAUUCAAAGACAUUUGAUAAAAAGAGCAAUUCCAACGGUAGAAAAAUGCCAGGAUUUACACGAUAUAAGGGAAUUGAAGUCCAAUAAUGAAAAUCUAGCAAUCCAAUAUUCUGGAAUAAUUGAAGAUGUUUUAUCUCUUGUACCUCUAUGUAAUGCGGAUAAUAGAGCAAUAGACAAUUCUGACAAUAGUCAGAAUGAUUCAAUAAGAAAAAGAAAACUAUCUUCAGACAAAGCCGUCACAUGUAAUAAGGUGCGAACUAUUAAAUUCAUUGGUGAUCUUCAUCCUGAAGAUUUUACUUCACCCGAAUGCUACGAAGUAGUUAGGAAAUAUUUAAAAAAACAUAAUACUCGUGUAAAUAGUUUGCAAAAGCAAGUUGGUCGUUUAACAAAAAAAGUUAAAAGCUUUGAAGAUUUGCUGUCACAGUUACAUGACAAGGGUCUUCUAUCAAGUAAUGCUGUCGAUGAUCUGAAGCGUACAAUAAGUCCUGCAUUGACAGAAAUAGUUCAAAAUGUCCUAUCCACAAAAAAAAUCAUUAUCCACAUGAAUUAAAAGAAUUUGCAGCUAGUUUGAUGUUUUAUUCGGUGUCUGCCUAUGAGUAUACAAGACAGAUGAUUAGUGGCUUACCACAUCCGGAAACUGUACGUAAAUGGUAUAGAAAAUUUGACUUCAGCCCUGGUAUAAGUAAUAGCACUAUUUGUUCAUUACAAGUAAGGAAAGAUAGAGGAUCAUCAAGAAACUUUUUAACAACUCCAAGUAAAGACAUAAUUAAAAUUUGCACUUGUGCAGAACGGAUAAUAAGGAAUGAAUCAAACCUUUCAAAGAUGAAUAAUGUGAUGAUUGAUAGACUUAGUUAUAGAACAAAGUUGCAUCUUCCCACAAACUUAUUUAAUACUCUCGAAACAGAUAUGUUUUCACUAAAUGUUGAAUUGGAUCAUAAAUCCAUUUUAAUCGACCAAAUUAUAAAAACAUUCCUAAAAUUAAGAAUUCAUCAUGAAUCAA